AUGGUCAAUGCAUCUGAGGUGAAACAUGAACCAGCUCAGUGUUUGUUCUCUUUAAAGUUACCUAACUGCAAGAGCAUGCCUCUUGAUACCAGGCAACGUGAUUUGCCUCCUCAACUUGCUUUGAGGAUAACACAGCUUGAACUGUCCCUCUCCCUGAGCUUGGGAGACCAUAUGCAGCUGAGCUUCAGGCUCGCUCAUGAGGUCUUGGUGCGCUGCUGCUGCUGCUGCUACUCCACAUGGAGCAUUAGAGUCUUCUCAGAAAGGACUUAUGAUAUUCGAUCAGUCAGGAAACCUGAUAGCUGGAAGCUCAAUGAAAUAUUUGCCACUAGAAUUGUCUUGGGAGGCUACCAAGCCGUUAUGAGUGUGAUUUUCUUCUGGGUGAUUCACAAGACUGACUUCUGCUCGGACAAGUUUGGUGUGAGGUCAAUCAGGGACAAUAACGAUGAACUAAUGUUUGCUGUGUACCCACAAGUUAGUAACAUCAGCCAAGCGCUUAUAUUCGUCACGAGGUCAAGGAGUUGGUCAUUCGUUGAACGUCCUGGGGCGCUUCUGAUGAUUGCAUUCGUCAUUGCACAACUGAUUGCUACUUUGAUUGCAGUGUAUGCAAACUGGACAUUUGCAAAGGUGAAGGGUAUAGGUUGGGGAUGGGCUGCUGUGAUUUGGGUUUACAGUAUUUUAACAUACAUCCCACAAGACAUUUUGAAGUUUGCCAUUAGAUACAUCUUGAGUGGAAAGGCUUGGGUCAGCAUGUUUGACAAAAAGGUACGUACACACAGCUAACUCUCUUUUACAUCUUGAUGGUAAACAUAAUACUCAUUGCUUCUGCUGUUACUUUGUGAGCAGAGCGCUCUGACGACCAGGAGAGAUUACGGUGCUAGAGAAAGACAAGCUGAGUGGGCGAGAGAACAAAGGACGCAGCACGGUCUGCAGACAAGACAAGAGAUCAACGUCUUCCCAGAGAACGAGGGUUACAGAGAGCUGUCUCAGAUCGUUGAGCAAGCCAAGAAAAGGGCCUAGAUAGCUAGGUAAGUGUACUUUGAUUAAAUGAUUUCAACGGAAGAAACUAGAAGUUGCUUGCUCCUUAUUUGUGAAUGCUUUGUUUUGACAGGCUUAGGGAGAUUCACACAUUUAAGGGACAUGUUGAAUCAGUCGCAAAGCUAAAAGGCAUGGACAUUGAUACAUCAGGACAUCACUACACUCUGUAGUUGCCAUAACUAUUCCCAAAAACUCUAUUUUUUAAUUGUUAGUCAUUGUUCCUAAACUUCUAAAAUAGAGCUUUGCAUUUGCCUUUGAAGAAACAUGGCUUUUGCGUUAAGAGU